GAGAUACAGAGAGAGGGAGAUAGAGAGAUAUAUAUAGAGAGAGAUAGAUAGAGACAGAGAGAGAGAAAGCAGGCUGUCUGCCUCAGGACUGCUGCAGCUGCAUUAAAUCUCUAGGCUGUCACGCCAGCACUCACCGGAGGAGAGAGGAAAGAAGAGAGAGGAGAGAGGAGAGAGAGGAGAGCGAUUUCAGUAAGGAUUUCAUUGGUACGGUAUCUGGGACAAACAGCGAUGGGUACCCAACAAGACCGUCUGUCACCAGAUCAAACUUGAAAGGAAAACUGGAGGAAAAUAAAAGUCCCUUUGGAUUGUUCCUGUCUAUCUUCUCCAGAAAAAGCAUUGGAUUCUUUCUGUUUCUUUCUGUUUUCUUGAGUAAACUGAAGGAGAAGAGAGAGUGCAGGAUAACCCAUACUUUAACUGUCUGCUUCAUAAAAGCUGAGUAGGAGGAGGAUUUCUGACUGACUGAUUUCCUACUCAGUAUUUUCUGACUGACUGAUGAACUGAACUCUUUCAACUUUGCUGCUGCUGUUUGCUGCAAAAACUCUCUCACUACACUGUCCUGUCCUGUCCUGUCCGAUCACCCUCCCCCUCCUCAGGCCCUUGUUCCCCUCUUCCACCUCUCCUCUCCUGGUGAAAGUAUUUUCUCUGCAUGCUCUCCCACUGCUCAGCAGGACAACACACUCAUGGUGGAUGCUAAAGGCCGGAACAGGAAAUGUCUGACCUUCCUCUUGAUGCUCCCAGAGUCCGUCAAGAGCAAGCCGCUGAGUACUAAGAGCUCCAAAAAGACAGCUAGUAGUACCGGGGGAAGUACCGGGGGUAGUACCGGGGGUAGUACCGUGUCCAAGCUGCCUCCGGUGUGUUACGAGAUCAUUACCCUGAAGAACAAGAAGAACAAGAAGAAGAUGUCAGAUAUUUUCCCCAGCACUAAGAAUCAGGGUGGAGGGUCGGGGGCCACAGUGCAGGAGUACCAGCAACAGAACCUGAAUAAUAACAACACCAUUCAGAACUGUAACUGGCAGGGGAUGUACUCUACUAUACGAGAGAGAAACUCUGUGAUGUUCAACAAUGAGUUGAUGGCCGACGUUCACUUCGUGGUGGGACAGACGGGAGGGACACAGAGACUUCCAGGACACAGGUAUGUUCUCGCUGUUGGUAGUUCAGUGUUCCAUGCCAUGUUUUAUGGAGAGCUGGCGGAAAACAAGGAUGAAAUCCGGAUUCCGGAAAUAGAGCCUGCAGCGUUCCUGGCCAUGUUGAAGUACAUCUACUGUGAUGAGAUAGACCUGAGCGCUGACACGGUGCUGGCCACCCUCUACACUGCUAAGAAGUACAUCGUGCCUCACCUGGCCAGAGCCUGUGUUAACUACCUGGAGACUAGCCUUUCAGCCAAGAACGCCUGCGUCCUGCUGUCACAGAGCUGUCUGUUCGAGGAGCCUGAGUUGACACAGCGCUGCUGGGAGGUGAUUGAUGCCCAGGCAGAGCUGGCCCUGACAUCGGAGGGUUUCACGGACAUCGACUCCAAGACACUAGAGAGUAUCCUCCAGAGAGACACCCUCAAUGCCAAGGAGGAGGUGGUGUUCGAGGCAGCUAUGAGCUGGGCCGAAGCAGAAUGUCAGAGAAAGGACCUCACCACCUCCAUCGACAACAAACGCAAGGUGCUGGGCAAUGCCGUAUUCCUCAUCCGCAUCCCUACCAUGGCAUUGGACGACUUUGCCAAUGGUGCCGCCCAAUCAGGCGUCCUGACGCUGAACGAAACCAACGACAUCUUCCUGUGGUAUACCGCGGCAAAGAAACCGGACCUCCAGUUCGCCAGCCAACCCCGGAAGGGCCUGUCUCCCCAGCAAUGCCACCGUUUCCAGUCCUGCGCCUACCGGAGCAACCAGUGGCGCUACCGGGGACGCUGCGACAGCAUCCAGUUCGCCGUGGACAAACGGGUCUUCAUCGCCGGGUUCGGCCUCUACGGCUCCAGCUGCGGAUCGGCGGAGUACUCGGCUAAGAUCGAGCUCAAGCGCCAGGGCCUUGUCCUCGGACAGAACCUGAGUAAAUACUUCUCUGACGGUUCUAGCAACACGUUCCCUGUGUGGUUUGAGUAUCCCGUUCAGAUAGAACCGGAUACGUUCUACACGGUCAGCGUGGUGCUGGAUGGGAACGAGUUGAGUUACUUUGGACAGGAGGGAAUGACCGAGGUGCAGUGUGGGAAGGUGACCUUCCAGUUCCAGUGUUCGUCAGAGAGUACCAACGGGACCGGAGUCCAAGGGGGACAGAUACCUGAACUCAUCUUCUACACAUAAAGAAACCUAAUGCCUAAUGUGUACCUUCUGUGACCAUCCACAUGGCUGGUUCCGCGUCCACUCACUUCCUUGGAAAAGAAUGUGAAGACGGGAGCAAACGUUCAAAAUUGCGACGUUUUGUUUGAGUGGCCUUAGCGGAAGGCGUGGAAGAGGAAGGUAUGAAUUAGGCUUAAUGGAAUGGACCAUACCAUAACUGAGUUUGGUCCCCAAAGGAGAUGUGCUUGUUUUUAUGGGACCAUUCUAGUUGCCCUUUCCAGCAGUCAAAUGACCAAGUAGCCUCAUGGAAUGUUAUUCAUAUUUUUCAUAAUUUCAUAAUUAAUAAACAUUAUUUUUUUAAACCUGAUGGAAAUUCGGUGUUUCUAUGUUAAACAGUUUUGUUAUUAUUUCCGUCUUCUGUGAUCUGUAUAAAGUGUAAUAUUGUGAUGCAAAUUCAAAAUGUAAUACAUUUCAACUCUAUAUCUGACAUGAUACAGGUGU